AUGUUUGAAGAAGUAAAGGCGUGCCGACGGUUGCACCAAAGAAAGGAGCUGAACGAUAAUCUGCUUCCGGUCGGUAAAGGUACGACUGCGCUGACGGUUCUGGAUGAAGAUCCAGACGAAUUCAUUCCGAACAUGAAUUAUAAAGUCGGAUCUGCCCGGCGCAAACAGCUUUAUGAUAAAAGGAUGGCCAAAGCGUUACAUAGUUCGCUCCCGAGUGCCGGUGAAGAGUGCUACAUCUAUGUGAUGGAGGUAGAUCUUGUCCAGGCUGUCUCAGGUGCGGCAAAUCCGAGGAAUCGUCGAUUUGUUAAUCCGCUUGACACCGAAUUUUGUUUUGGCUUCUUGUCGAACACGAAGAUCCCCAAGGUAUGUUCGAUUAUGGAGAAUUUUAAUGCUUCUUUUAAUUAA